AUGGUCCUUCUUAUCGCAACUGAUCGUAUUCUCUCGGCCCUCGAGGCUAUCCCCGAGUCUCGUCGCGAUGAUCUUAACCUCCCUACCGCGCUAGAUCUCCAUGGCCCGAUUGCUCAUGAUCAACUCCUGAGAAUAUCAAAGCACCUCCAAAAUGAUACAGAGUACGAUUCCGCGGACUGUGGUGUCUCGGCUACGGAUCCUACAAUCCUGAGUGCUCUUUUAAGAGGAACAAAGGUCUACGUUCCACCACCACCAAAGAAACCCGAACCAAGUCCCGAAUACCUCGCCUCAAAAGCGCGCCUCCUCGCCGCAGCCGAGAAAGAAGCCUACCAACGCCUCUUAAAUCCAACAUACAAACCCAAUAUCGAGUCCACGGAUCCAUACACAAAUGGCCAGAAUGAGGUCAUCGCUGAAGAUACAUUAACCCCUUCGCUCGUCCUAAAUAUCUUCUUAUCAGUCAUUAUCACCGGCUUCGCUGUCUACUGGGCUCUAACGAGUUUCGGUAUGCCGGGUAUCCUGGCCUCGAUCUUUACUGCGUUAACGGGUCCGCCCGUUGGAUUAGAAGGUGAUAUACGUGCGGCGAGAGAAGCGGUUGGUGCAUCUGAUGCUGUGAGAGUUCUCUUAUCGCUGAUUGCGGCGUUGAGUGUUGCUGUUGCGGAGUCUUUUCUAUAUGCUCUUUAUCUUGGGAAGGUUGAAAAGGCUAGGAUGGUGGAACGGGCACGUAAGGAGGAGAAGGUUGUUAUUGGGCCUGUGGAUGAGGAUCAGAGUGAACAGACUGAUGUGAAACCUGUUGAGUCUGUUGUUGUUAGUGAGAAGGAGGAGAUUUGGGGGAAGGGUGUUAAUGGAGGUGUGAGGAGGAGAGUUAGAGAGAAGUGGGAGAAGGAACAGAAUGCCCAAAGUAAGGAGUCAUGA